AUGUUUCUUGUACUUAAUGAACUCAAGAAUGUAGGUGAAGACAGACUCGCAAACUUCAACGCUUUGAAAUCAAUUAUAACGGAUAAUGAGAUAAGAAUUAAUGAAAAGAAUCAACCCAGAAGAACUGCUCAGAACGUUGCAAACUUCAUUUUCGUAACUAAUAACGUUUACCCUGUCAAAAUUGAAGUUGGAGACAGAAGAUAUGUAGUUUUAAGAGUUAAUGGUAAAUUUAAGGGUCAAUUUGAUUACUUCAAGAAUUUGAUGAAUUCAUGCACAAAGGAAUUUUAUGAUAAUUUACUGACGUAUUUUAUGCAAUAUGACCUUUCAUCAUUAAUGUACGAAUCAUCGAUGACUGAAGCCAAACAAGAUUUAAUUGAAUUAUCAACAAAUCCUUUAGAUGUAUGGAUAAAUACACAUUAUGAUGAAUUGUGUGCAGGUAUGACGUGUAAAAAUGCUCUAUUCUGCAAACCAUCAGACAUGAAAGACAAGAAUUUCCAAAUGAGUAUUAAGGAUAAAUGUGAUAGGAAACAAAGAAAAAUAGAUGGUAAACAGACAUGGUGUUAUGUUUUGAAAGAAGAAAUGAAAGGAUUAUAUAAACAGGUUGAACCAAACGAUAAUGAUGAUUCAUUUACUGACGAUGAAAUACCUGUAAAUGAUGCUUUAUAA